ACGAUCAAGAAGAACCUCUGGACAUAACCUGAACAGGCGAAGGGCUUGCAUUUUUUCAAGCUUUUGUCACUGCUAUUUGUUUGCGUAUUUUGUUUAUUGUUUUUCAUUAAAUUUUCUCCUCCCCCAAAGUGUAGGAAGGAGUGAUAGGCAAUAAUAAUUGGUCUUCACUAGAAAUCCCUGAGUAAAUUGGUUGUAGAAAGGUCCUGGGUAAUUACUAUGUCUUUAAUGAGUUAUACCAGAUCUGGACUCCUAAGGGAAGUAGGGCUCCCAAGGCCCAGAAAUGGCCAUGGGAAUGUGAGUAGGUAUAGGGCAAUGGGAUGAGUACAGAGGCCACUAGUCCAUUUGCCUGAAAAGCUGAACAGGAUCUUGAACCAGAAACUGUGACGGUGUACUCAGCAGAUCUGGGUACAUUCAAGAACAUAAGCUGAUCUCUGUCAAUCCACAUGAAUUUCCAGUGUGAUGCAGGACAGCCUCUAGGUACAAGAAGAACUCUUGAACUCAGUACUUCUACAUAACCCAAGAUUAUAGUAAAGACAAAAUCUGAUCCUCCCAUAUGGAUACAAUCUUACAGAAAGAAAUGGAUGAAAUAGGAGGAGAAUGAAGAAGAAACUCUAUAAUGUAUGACAACACUUCAAGGAUACUGGAUAUGAAGAAGAAUAAUGAACAACCAAACUGUCAUCUCCCAGUUUCUCCUCCUGGGCCUGCCCAUUCCCCCAGAACACCAACACCUGUUCUAUACCCUGUUCCUGGCCAUGUACCUCACCACCGUCCUGGGGAAUCUGAUCAUCAUCAUCCUCAUUCUACUGGAUUCCCAUCUGCACACACCCAUGUACUUGUUUCUCAGCAACUUGUCCUUCUCUGACCUCUGCUUUUCCUCUGUCACAAUGCCCAAAUUGCUGCAGAACAUGCAGAGUCAUGAUCCAUCCAUUCCUUAUGCAAAUUGUCUGACACAAAUAUACUUUCUAAUGGUUUUUGGAGACAUGGAGAGCUUCCUUCUUGUGGUCAUGGCCUAUGACCGCUAUGUGGCUAUCUGUUACCCCCUUCGGUACACCAGUAUAAUGAACACUAAACUCUGUGUAAGUCUAGUAGUGCUGUCCUGGAUCCUUACUUUGUUGCAUUCCAUGUUUCAUACCCUGCUCCUGACUAGAUUGUCUUUCUGUGAGGACAAUGUGAUCCCCCAGUUUUUCUGUGAUAUAUCGGCUCUGUUCAAGUUGGCAUGCUCUGACAGUUUUAUUAAUGAACUAAUGAUAUUUAUCUUGGGAGGGCUUGUUAUUGUCACCCCAUUCUUACUCAUUGUUGUUUCCUAUUUACAAAUUGUCUCCUCCAUCCUGAGAGUUUCAUCUACUCGAGUUAUCCACAAGGUCUUCUCUACUUGUGGCUCCCACCUGUCUGUGGUCUCACUGUUCUAUGGGACAAUUAUUGGUCUCUACUUGUGUCCAUCAGCUAAUAAUUCUACUGUGAAGGAGACAGCCAUGGCCAUGAUGUACACUGUGGUGACUCCCAUGCUGAAUCCCUUCAUCUACAGCCUGAGGAACAGAGACAUGAAAGAGGCCCUGAUAACAGUCCUUUGUAAGAAGAAAAUCUCCUUAUAG